GCGGGCUGCGGCGGGGGAGGGGCGGGCGCCGGGAGCGCGCUCGCGGCGGGCGCGUCCCGGGCCGCCUCGCUCUGUGCUUCUGUGAGCACGGCGCCGCAGAACUGCGCGCCCUCGUGCGGCGGCGGCGCGGAUGAGCGGGUUCUGCUCGCGCUGCGCCGUUUCCCGGAGGCCAGGGAUUCUGCCGGCGGUGUCGCGCCCUCGGGGGCCCGCCUUAAAGACGGAGCAUCGUACCGCGGGCUCCGCCGCUCCUGGAGUGGGCGGAGAACGGCUGCACAGACUGCGUGGGUCCUGUGAAGCUACCUGCGUUGGCGGAUCCGGGGUUCGGGUGCCCGAGCGCUCGGCUGGCCGGACGUGGGCGGCCCCACAGGAGGAGGCCCUGCAGGAGGAGGCUGUCGACCUGUGCAGCUGCCUUAGUGGAGGCACUGGCUGUCGCCGUCGCUGCCUCAAGUAGGGCUGACCGGGCCGCUUGGAAGCACUUUUUCAGCUGUGUUUCUUUUACGUCUCAGAAGAGUUCUCCUGGAGCCCGAGGUGUGGCUAUGUGUAAGUCCAUCGUUCCCGAGGCCCGCCAUCCGAACUGAGAAAAUCACUUCUCUGUAGGCCGUUUGCCAAGUUCCUGAGAUUAAGAACCAGGCAGAAAUACGAACGAUGAGUAUUCAAGGCAGAUAGAAGAGCUUCUGUAAAGUCAGGGAAUGCCAAGCACCAUGAAGUGUUUUAGGAGGAGGUGCAGAAUGAGCACGUGCUGUUGGUGCACACCAGGUGGGAUUUCCACCACGGACGUCCUCAAGCGCUACGCGUCCAAGACCCGGGCCCGUGAGUUCCAGACAGCAGAUGAAGACCUCUGCUACUGCCUGGAGUGUGUGGCCGAGUACCACAAGGCCAGGGAUGAGGUGCCGUUCUUGCAUGAGGUUCUGUGGGAGUUGGAGACCUCCCGUCUCAUAAGUCACUUUGAGAAGUCCAUAAGGGGAGAAAUUGAAGAGGAUAACGAUGAGUUGUACAUCGUGGACAACAACGGGGAGGCACAGCUGUUUGACUUCAGCGGCCAGGACUUUGAGAACAAGCUUCGCGUCCCUCUGCUGGAAAUACUGAAGUACCCGUACCUGCUGCUUCACGAGCGUGUCAAUCAACUGUGUGUGGAAGCACUUUGCCGACUGGAACAAGCCAAUUGCUCCUUUCAAGUUUUUGAAAAGCAUCCAGGGAUCUAUUUGUUUUUGGUCCAUCCCAAUGAAAUGAUCCGGCGUUGGGCUAUCCUGACAGCAAAGAACCUUGGGAAGGUGGACAGAGAUGACUACUAUGACUUACAGGAGGUCCUCACUUGCCUUUUUAAAGUCAUUGAGUUGGGCCUCCUAGAAAGUCCAGACAUUUACACUUCUUCUAUCUUCGAAAAGGGGAAACUGAUUCUUCUGCCCACACACAUGUAUGAUACCACCAACUACAAAAACUACUGGCUAGGUAUUUGCAUGUUGCUGACCAUUCUUGAGGAGCAAGCCAUGGAUUCGCUGCUGCUGGGCUCAGACAAACAAAAUGAUUUCAUGCAGUCAAUACUUCACACCAUGGAGAGGCAGUCAGAUGAUGAUAGUGCGAAUCCUUUCUGGCCAGCAUUACAUUGCUUCAUGGUAAUUCUGGAUCGUCUUGGAUCUAAGGUCUGGGGUCAGCUUAUUGAUCCUAUUGAGGCAUUUCAAACCAUUAUCAACAAUGUGAGCUACAAUAGAGAGAUUCAGAAUAUUCGGAACAGCUCUAUAAGGACCAAGAUAGAACCAGAGCCAUUUUCGGAUGAUACAGUGACUUGCAGCCAGAUUGUGUACAAUUAUAAUCCUGAAAAGACAAAAAAGGAUUCAGGAUGGAAAUCAGCCAUUUGCCCAGAUUAUUGUCCUAACAUGUAUGAAGAAAUGGAAACAUUAACUAGUGUCCUUCAGUCAGAUAUUGGCCAAGACAUGCGUGUUCAUAACAGUACAUUUCUGUGGUUCAUACCUUUUGUCCAGUCGCUCAUGGACCUUAAGGACCUGGGUGUGGCUUACAUCGUGGAAGUUAUUCAUCAUCUGUACUCACAAGUCAAAGAUGUCCUAAACCAGACAGAUGCCGUCUGUGACAAAGUCACUGAGUUUUUCCUCCUGAUUUUGGUGUCAGUGAUUGAGCUGCAUAGAAAUAAAAAGUGUCUGCAUUUACUGUGGGUUAGUUCCCAGCAGUGGGUGGCCGCCGUUGUGAAAUGCGCCAAGCUUCCGACCAGCGCGUUCGUGCGGAGUUCUGAGAAGUCGGCUGGAGGGUGCUCCAAAGGGACAGCGACAAUGGCUUCGCUGUCGAUGCUGUCGGUGCCGUCCAACUCCGUACAGGUGGCUUGUGUGCAGCUCAUUCGAAGUCUUCUCAAAGAAGGCUACCAGCUCGGUCAGCAGGCACUGUGCAAGCAAUUCUGGGAUAAGCUUAACCUGUUCCUUCGGGGAAAUUUAUCUCAGGGUUGGCAGUUGACCAGUGAGGAAACCCACGAGUUACAGACUUGCUUAAAACAAAUCAUUAGAAACAUAAAGUUAAAAGUACCUCAGGGUAACACCUUGGCGGAUCUGUGCCCUACCUAUAAAACUCCACCUGCAUCUUUUAAAGAAGAAAGUGGACAAAUAAGAAAGAAAUCUAAAAAAGACACCCUCUGUCUGGAAGGUUCCAGCCUAACAUUUUCUAAAGCACUUGUGAAAGCUGAGCCACACCAAGUGCAAGAGCAUCUAUUGAUCCAAACAAGUAGCACAAUAGAGGGGGGGGAUAAUGAGCAAAAUUACCUGAAGGAUUUGAAUGUUGAAGACCAGCUCCCAGCUGAGUCAUGUUUAAAGCAAAGUAGUAAAAGCCACUUUACUGAAAGAGCUCAAGAUGAAACCAGAGUAAGUAAAGGGAAGCAGAUGUCUGUGAAAGAGGACUUUUCCUGUGCACCGCAGCCUUGCACUUCACGAAAUAGUCCAGGAGGAGGAUGUGACAGAGGAAUAAUAUCAACACGUUCAGUGACUGAUUCUGGCGCUGAGUCUCUGGAACAAGUGAUCAUAUCAGAUGAGGAUUUCUUAAAGGAUGAUGCUAUUGGAAAAACCUCAAAACCAAAAACAAAGGCAGAAAAAGAUGAAAUCUGUGCAAAGUUAUCACAUGUCAUAAAAAAGCAACACAAGAAAAAUACUGUGGUCAGUAAUGCUGUCAGUUUAGAGGAAAAUGUGAUGGUAGGUAACACAGAGAGUUUCUGUUCAGGGAAAGAGAGAGGCAUGCAGAAAGAGGGUGGGGUCACACACGGCCUGUCUUCAGACUGUGACGGUAGGCUGGCUGCUGAGGACGGAGAACCAAAGUCAAAAAACAGUUCAUUGCUGAACAGAAAGCAGUUAAAGAAUGAAGAAUCGGGUGUUCUUUGUUCUCAUGGAAAUGGUCAUGAGGUACCGGAGUGUCACGCUGGUAAAGAUUCAGUCUCAUUUACGGAAGCGACCGGCACUGUGGUGAAGAAGGCUCCUCCCUAUAAGGAACCCAUGGCCGCACUCGAAUCGAGAGAUGAGCUGAGCCAGCGGGCAGCUCUGACUUUCUCUGACUUGGACAGAGAACCACCUCCUGGCAUCAGCCCCAAGUCAGACACCUUGACAGAUUCUCAGGUGGACAGAGACCUCCACAGAUUAUCCCUAAUGGCGCAAGCUAGUGUCUCCAAAUUCCCGGUGGACCUAACUCAGAGCUCAUUCCAGCUGCAGGGGAAAGUAACCGAAGAUAGACGCCGUCUCACAGCUCCCCAUCAUAAUGUGCACAGCUCCUGUGGACCAGUUAUCGUUAUUUCAGAUUCUGAUGAUGAAGACGAGAGCCUUCUGGGUCUCGAGAAAUACACUGGAGAAGACACAGCGUGCCUUAGCAAAGGGUGUCCAGAGGGGCACGGGUCAGUGCUAAAGACCAGUGCAGACACACAGCUCAUGAAGGAAGCAAAGACAUCAGCAUUUCUGUUUGAGGAUUCUGAGUCUCAGGUUUUUGAGUUUGAAAGUCAAUCUCCGGUGUUUUCAGUUUGGCAGGAUCAAGAAGUAAGCAAGAAUUCAGUUCAAGUGGAGGCAAGCUCAUGUGUGACUAAUGUAGCUGAUAGCACAGAUUGGAGUUACGGCUCAGCUUACGUCUCCGAGGAGGUCGCUCGGCAGGUGGCAGGGGGUGGUGAAGAAUGUGUGGAACCACACAGUAGCAGUGUCUCUGCGAAGGAUUCUCAUGAAUUUGAAGUGAAACAUCAUAAGAGAAAGCAAGUUAAAAAACCUAGGCCUGAAGAUCCUCCAAGGCCUUCGACUUCUGUCAGAAAUGAGGACCGGUCUGACAGUCUCGGUGAGAGAGAGCUUACUGACAGUGAUUUAAAAAGUUCCGAGAUAAGUACCACGACUCCCAGCUCAAGUGUUCAGAGAGCCCCUGCCAGUCCGAGGAAGAGGUCUCCCCCGAAGGCGCGUCCUCCUUCCAAGCCCGCCAGGAGAGCACCAGUUUCUAAAGCGCCCAAGAAAACACAGUCAGAAGGCAGAAGAGGGCAGAGUAAGGGCUCACAUUACCUGAGCUGCAGGACGGUCCCAGCCGUGGUGCCGCCGAAGAAAGUGCGCCAGCGGCCUGAACCCACCUCGGUGGCUGAGAAGCUCGGGCUGAAAAAAGGUCCUCGGAGGGCAUUCGAGUUGUCGCAGAGGUCCGAAGACUUUACAGAUAGGUUACGGCAUCAUGGCAAAACCGUGGGAGCAGUCAGCACCCCAAAAAAGCCUAAGACAAUUCCUCAGACUCACUCUGUCAAAAAUAACAAGAGGCUGCGGACAAAUAAGGAGUUUCAGGUGCAAAAGCACAUAAGACAGAAAGUGAACCAAAAAGGAAAAGAACCCUGUCGUGAAAGUGCAAAUGCUGCACGGCCAGGGCCAUGUAGGGCGCAGAAUUCCACUGGCCUGGUGCCAGCAGUUGACAGGUCAGGGCCCGAGGCGCUGGCUCACGGCAACAGGAGAGAGUUGCUCACGCCUUCAAAACCAGAGCCCCUGAGGGCGGAAUGCAUCUCUCAGGUACCUGACAAUACUUGUUUCUUGAACCAGCGUGACCCCACGGUGCUAAACGGAAGAAUUCCAACAGAUGAAAUGGCUGUGUCCACCUCUGGGAGCCCGCUGGGUGGGAGUGAGCUGGCGGGGCGUCAGGUAGCCAUGGUGACUGUGAAGGAGGCAGAACUGGAAUCCAGUAGUGACACAGAUGAUGAGAAUUUAUUUUUAACCCAGCACGACCCUGAAGAUAUGGAUCUGUGUUCCCAGAUGGGUGAGAGUGGUAAACUCAUUGAAGUGCUUCAUGGAAAAGCUGCAGCUCAGGCAGAAGACCCUGUCAGUUGGUCUCAGUUGGCACAGAGUGGCACAAAGUGUAAGUUCAAAGAUUGUGCGGAAAUCCUAAAAAGCCAGGGCGAGUUUUGUUUGAAACACUUGGAAGCUAAAGCAGCUGAUGAAGAUGUUUUUCGUAAACCUGGCUUGCCUCCUUCUGCAAGGAGACCUUCCACCACUAAGAUUUUUAGCUCAAGUAGUACUUCACGAAUUGCUCAUCUCUCUAAGUCUCUGGAAAGUUCUCCAGGACUUCCAGCUCCAAAAAAUAAGUCACAUGGGGUGCAGUCUGGUUUGCAGGGGCCACAGCCCGUUUCCCUGGUUUCCCAGAAGCUGGUGGGCGAAGCCAACAGUUACUGCGGUGUUCUGCAGACUCUGAAUAUCCCCAACAGGCAGACGUACAAACUCCCCUUCGGUGAAAGCAAGUCCCUUUCUGCUUCCCCGCCGGUGAACAUUAUUCUGUCACAGUCUAUCUCUGAUACCUUCGUUAGAGAGGUCUUAAAGUGGAAAUACGAGAUGUUUUUGAAUUUUGAUCAGUGCGGACCCCCACCAAGUCUUUGCCAGUCCAUCUCGAGACCAGUGCCUGUCAAAUUUCAAGACUGUGGAGAGUAUUUUAAUGUUUUUCUACCUUUGAUACUACUGAAUACUUUUGAAACAGUGGCUCAGGAGUGGAUGAGCUCUCCAAAUAAAGACAAUUUCUAUCAGUUGCAUUUACGAAAACUACCAGCGGAUUAUAAAAAAAACUGGGAAUUUGUAGUGUAUCUGAAAGAAUGUGAACUGGCUAAACAGUGUCACCCAAAGGAAAAUGACUUGGUCUUUUUGGUUCCUGAGAGACUAAAUGGGAAGAAGAGCGACACAGAACCAAGCUGCAUCCAGGAGCUCUACGAGUACCACUGUGGGUUCAUCCACAGGUUUCGCCGCACAUCAGUCAUGCGUAAUGGAAAAUCUGAGUGUUCCCUUUCCAUUCAGACUGAAGAUAAAUUGCCAGCCAAGUUAAAUGAACUCAUGAAAUGUGUUGUAAUCAGCUCUCUGGUAACUACACAAAGGAAGCUGAAAGCAAUGUCUCUGUUGAGUGGUCGGAACCAGCUGGCCAGAGUGAUUCUGAAUCCAAACCCCAUGGACUUCUGUACCAAAGAUUUACUGACUACCACGUCUGAGAGAAUUAUUGCCUACUUAAAAGAUUUCAACGAGGAGCAAAAAAAGGCGAUAGAAACUGCUUACGCCAUGGUGAAACACUCACCAUCAGUUGCCAAAAUCUGCCUGAUUCAUGGGCCGCCUGGGACAGGAAAAUCCAAAACCAUCGUUGGCCUCCUGUUCCGCUUACUGACAGAGAACCAAAGACGGGGACAUUCAGAUGAAAACUCCAAUGCCAAGAUCAAGCAAAACCGUGUCCUUGUGUGCGCUCCUUCCAAUGCAGCUGUGGAUGAACUCAUGAAAAAAAUUAUCAUCGAAUUCAAAGAAAAAUGCAAAGACAAGAGGAACCCUUUGGGAAACUGUGGAGAUAUAAAUUUAGUACGACUGGGUCCAGAAAAAUCUAUUAAUAACGAGGUCCUGAAAUUCAGUUUGGACAGCCAGGUGAACCACAGAAUGAAAAAAGACUUACCCUCUCAUGUCCAGGAGAUGCAUGGAAGAAAAGAGUUUCUGGACCACCAGUUGGACGAACUCUCCCGCCAGCGGGCCUUAUGCCGAGGGGGACGGGAAAUACAGAGGCAAGAAUUAGAUGAAGAAAUCGCUAGAGUUUCCAAAGAAAGGCAAGAACUUGCUUCUAAAAUUAAAGAGGUCCAAGGACGCCCGCAGAAAACCCAGAGCAACAUCAUACUUGAGUCCCACAUCAUCUGCUGCACCCUGAGCACCAGCGGGGGUUUGUUGCUCGAGUCCGCUUUUCGGGGGCAAGGAGGCAUCCCCUUCAGCUGCGUCAUUGUUGACGAGGCAGGGCAGUCCUGUGAGGUCGAGACCCUGACGCCUCUCAUCCACCGCUGCAACAAGCUCAUCCUGGUGGGAGACCCGAAGCAGCUGCCCCCCACGGUCAUUUCCAUGAAAGCCCAGGACUAUGGCUACGACCAGUCGAUGAUGGCACGCUUCUGCAAGCUGCUGGAGGAGAACGUGGAGCAGAAUGCCAUCAGCAGGAUGCCGGUCGUGCAGCUCACCGUUCAGUACCGGAUGCACCCAGACAUUUGCCUCUUCCCAUCCAACUACAUCUAUAACAAGAGUCUGAAGACAAACAGGUCCACCGAAUCCAUUCGAUGCUCGUCAGACUGGCCAUUUCAGCCUUACCUCGUGUUCGACGUCAGCGACGGCUCCGAGAGACGGGAUAAUGACUCGUAUGUGAACGCUCAGGAAAUAAAGCUGGUGAUGGAAAUAGUUAAACUCAUUAAGGACAAAAAGAAAGAGAUUAACUUCCGAAACAUUGGCAUAAUAACGCAUUACAAGGCUCAGAAGACGAUGCUCCAGAAGGAUUUGGACAGAGAGUUUGACAGGAAAGGCCCGGCAGAGGUGGACACCGUGGAUGCCUUUCAGGGUCGCCAGAAGGACUGCAUCAUUGUCACUUGUGUCAGAGCGAACACUGCGCAAGGCUCCAUCGGGUUCCUGGCGAGUUUGCAGAGGUUGAACGUCACCAUCACGCGCGCUAAGUACAGCCUCUUUAUCCUGGGGCACCUGAGGACCCUGAUGGAAAACCAGCAUUGGAACGAACUCAUCCAGGAUGCUCAGAAGCGCGGUGCCAUCGUUAAGACCUGUGACAAGAACUACAGACACGACGCGAUGAAGAUCCUGAAACUAAAGGCUGUGCUGCAGCGCAGCCUGACCCACCCCCCUACCACCACCCCCGAGGUGUCCAGGCCCCCCGGUGGCCUUCCCAGCAGCAGGCUGGACAUUGGGCUCGCCAAGACUUCCUUCGCUGCUUCUCUCUGCCACAGCCCCUCUGACUCCAGUGAGGCAGCUGUCACUGUCACCGCAAGGGACCCCGAAAGGCCACCUCUGCGGGACCGGCUUCGGGACCCACGGCUGCUCCGGAGAUUAGAGGCCGAAGCCAAGACGGGGACGUUCCUCAGAGACGUGCAGGCCCUGAGCCCCCAGCAUCCCGGAGCGGCGCCUCCGUGGGGCGAACUGGCCUUUGCUGUGACCCACCAGGACUUGGGAGAUGCCUUGCAGCCACCUGCUGCUAACGUCACUCCUCAGAGCCACCACAGACCUCCGACCCAGGGUGAGCCUCCCACUGCCGGCACUGACACAUCCUGGGGUAGAUGGAAGAGCGGUGACCAGGAGGGCAGACAAGGUCACAGGAGAGACGCUUGGGCCCUCAGUGAGGGUGAGGAGGAGAACUGUGACUCCACGACUUCCCACCCAAAGAGGGACGCGGCCUGGGACAGCAGGAGACCGGAGGAGAACUGUAGUUCCAAGAGGAGAAAGCUUUUGUAGUAAAGCCACAGAGGGCACUGUCAGCCGUGGGCGCUUGGGAACUGAGGGUGACUGGGACUAGGGCCGCCAGAUGAGGUGAUGAGGGUUUCCUUAAGGAGCUUGUUUCUGUGUGGGGAGCGCAGAGGCGUGUCCUGUGCCUGAGCUCCGGUCGCCUUGAGUAGGUUUUGCCAGUUGCACAGGUUUCCAGGCCGUCGGGGGCGUCCGGUGGCGCCCUUGAGGCCAAGGUUCCACUCUGAAUGUCGGCGCUGGCCCUGCUGCAGAGCCGAAGAUGCACAGUGGAGUGGAUUUGUGAAAGUUGCAGUGUACAGCAAAUAACAAGACCCUUUUAAAGUUUAAUCUUGUAGACUACUUUUCUUUUCCCUGCUUAUUUGUUAAUCACUUUUUAAAGAACAAAGUUUGUAUUAGAAGUGAGAGGGAAGGCAGGUCCUUCAGCUGUUGUUACGGGACAGGUUUCUCUGACAGGCUGGCUCAUGUGGGGAAACUGAGUACCAGGGGCCAGGGGUCUCCUAGCUGUGCCUAUUAGGGAAGCGCCGUCGGGUUGGUGCCCGCGGCCAUGGCUUUCAGUGAGGCUGUGCGAGGCUCCUGGCCCAGGGCGCGGCCUGUAACACGCGCCCAUCACCGUCUUGGUGUGCACAUGGCUCUCUAGCCACAGUUCUUAAAACUGAAUUCUUGGCCUGUCAUUCAGGUGUCCCCAGCUUGCGAUGAGCCAGUCACAGGUACGGCAGCUGCCACAUGAAAAACGGGCCUCGGUGGCUAGGGCUGGGGGCAGCUGCCACCUGUGGGCAGCUUGCUGCUUUCCAGCAAAUGUCACACUGCCCGGGCAUUCUGACUUCCAGGUGGCUCCGGGAAGGCCAGAGAGACAUUGGUGGCUGGGAAGAUCCACUCUGCAAAGGAGAGUCACAGAGCAGGGGAGCCCACGGGGUCCCCUGCCUGUGAGACAGAGGAGGCUGGGAGGAGGGCAGGGCCGCUGGCCUAGGGCAGGUCCUGGUGUCCACACAUCCCGGGCUGGGACUGACCUCACCGGAAAGUGAUGGCCCGCCGUCCCGGCGCAGGGUCUCUGCCGCCCAUGUCUGCCCCACCCUGUCCCCGUGCCUCUCCUCUGGGCCUGCACCAAGAGCGGGGGUGCGCCCCUCCCCCUGCAGGGGGACAGUUUGUUCCGGGAUGUGGUGGGGGCGAACCUCAUUCUGUCCUGUACAAGCUUCCUCACUGUACCUUUGGCAAGAAUUUCACAGUUACCUGAAGUUUCCUUUCCUGUUCUCCUGGCACAGUGCUUCACCUAGCAGAGAUGGGGUGGGGGUGGCCCUAAAGACUGGGUUUUAAAAGGAGACGUGAGAACAGCUGGGGCCCCACGGCCUCGCCGCGCCCUGGAGUGAGCUCCCCAUGCUGCGGCCCAGCUUUUUGGCCAGUGGGGAGAUCCUUGUCCUCAGGAUCUGUUCGUCUGUUGGGUCAGCGCUUCUUCACUUGUUUUUGCCAAAAAGAGCGGGAAAACUGGUCUUUUUUCCCCCAGUUUGUGGAGCUGGAGCCAGAGCCCUGGCCCCUGAGGGCCAGGUCUGGGGGGUGAGCGCCCCGCCCUGUCCCGGGUCAGCCCUCCUCAGGAAAAGGUCCCCUAUGGGAGCUGGGGCACACUCACUGCAUGGUCAGGCGUGUCUGCAGGGAGCCGCGUGUCAGCUGUGGCCCUCGAUGCUGUGGCUGUGGCAGCACUGCGCCGUUGGGUGGGGUUGGUCUGCAGGAUGACGAGAGCCCCCGCCCCCUUGCCAUGGCACCCAAAGAAAGCGCCCUUCCUUCAGUGUUGGCUGUUCCAACAGGAAUGGUGGCCCUUCUACUGCAAAACUUGAUGUGCUGCUGUGUACAGAACCUGCCUUGGAUUUAUUGUGCACAGUUUGUUUACAUAUGUUUUUGUGAAUUAUCAGGAGAAGAUUUGAUAAAUGUGAAUAACCUCCUGUAAAUAAAUUUUAUAACAAAUGUGUACUAAACUAUUUUUUAAACUGAGUUGUGCAGAUGACCAGUUUCUUGCUGUAACUUGGACUUCAUGGAUUCGUAGCUAGAAUUUGGCAAACAGUAGUCCUGUUGCCCAUUUAAAACCUAAAUUUUACAAAAAGAUGAAAUAAACUAGAAGCAAAACCAA